AUGACUGAUGGGGACUGCUUGUACGUGCGCUGCAAACGCGUUUCAAAUCUGCGCAGCGGGGCGGGGCUUGUUUUUGAGAGCGAACCAGGGAAAGAUGCGCGAACCGAAGGGUCCGCCGAACGGCCCGGUAGACCGGCCAAGUACGGGACCGUAGCUGGGUGCGGGUCCACUUCCAGUGCGCCGCAGAGCGAGCCGGAGCAGUGUGCGGGGAGGCGGCCCAGCGGCAGCCCGCCCCCCGCUCCCCCGGCAUGUCGACUCCGCCGGACCCCGAGACGCCCCGGCAGUGGAGAGCGGCUCCGGAGGAGGAGCGAGCCCGGGAGAGGGAGCAGCGCGGCGGGCAGGAGGGACCGCGACCCCCGGAAAGAGUGCUUCGUGUCUCCGGCUAAAUGUUGUGAUACUUCGUCAGCGCCUACUAGCAAACACAAGCCGGGGGCCGAGGAAAGAGAAGAGGCGAAGAGGAGGACUUGUAGAGACAAAGACGUGCCAGGAGUUCUGUCGGACUCUGAGAACGAGGAACCUUUUAGCAGGAGGAUCAGAAACAUCUCAGCCUUCAUAAGGAAAACCCAGAACUCAGUGGCCGCCUCAAGUGGUGUUCAGAGGAGUCAGAGCUGCAGUGAGCCAGUGGAGGACCCAGGAUGGAAGACGAAGGUCAUCCAGCCCGCCCUCAUGGACAGAGUGGGCAUCAGUCACAGCUACGCAGCAGGAAUCCUCCUCUCCUCGGAGAACAGCCGCUCCGUCUCCGCUGCGAUCACUGCCGACCGCCAGCUGGCCUGGCGAGCCGUCGUCUCCUCGAGUGCGGCCGGCGGCGCCCCCCCGCACCCCGAGCGCUCCAUCAGCCCCGAGAGCAACGACAGCAUCUCAGAGGAGCUCAACCACUUCAAGCCCAUUGUGUGCUCGCCGUGCACUCCGCCCAAGCGCCUGCCGGACGGCCGCCUGCUGGAGCCCGCCGUGGUGAAGUCCACACCCAGGAACCUGACCCGUGGCCUGCAGAAGGCCACCAGCUACGAGGCCAGCCCCGCGGUGCUGCAGAAGUGGAGGCAGAUCGAACUGGACCGCCAGAACCUCAAGACCAACUCCAGGGCGACCCUGACAAGCCCCGUCAACGAGCCGCCCCACCGCAAGUCCGGCGGGGUGGAGGAGGCCGAGGGCCGCGGGUCUCCACAGGGACGGGAUGGGGUGCGGGCCGCCAACAAGAGGAUGCUGCUGUUUGAGCCUCUGGCCGGAGAUGCAGGCUCCUUCCAGAAGCAUGCCGUAAAGAUCCGGGUCCCCGCGAUCCGUUACAGCAGCGAGACCGGACUCCGAGGAACCUCUGACUUUGAGCCGGCAAUCGGCGCUCCUGAAUCCGGCGGCGCGUUGCAUUUCAGCCAAAAACAACAACAAACAAAGUCAUUUUCACCGUAUACCAAGAACUCCGGUUUACAAUCCUGUAAAUUGGUGCCGAAGGCCUCGCAGAGUCCCAGGAAGGAGUCCGACAGCAGCCUUCACAACCAGUCCAUCUCGAGGAGGGGCAAGAAGCGGGAGCAGAAGACCAAACACUUGGACUCAGAGCAGGAGCCGGAUCUGAAGAAGCGCCGCUCGCUCAGCCAGGAGGCCUUUGACGAGUGCUACGUCCGUCAGAUCCAGCAGGAGCGCCAGGACCGGGCCGUCGCCUUGAGACUGCAGAGACAGUUUGACCGGGAGAACCAGACCACCGACCGUCGAAGAAGCCCUGACCAGUACUUCCUGCGAUCCUGGAUUUCCAGCAAGAACCACCGACGUAGGCGUGGCCUGAGGAGGUCUCGACGAAUCAACAAGAAGCACUAAAGAGCGAGUCCUCUGUGGAGAGGUUCAUAUAUGCAAAGUGACAAAAGGUUGGAAUGUUUCACAAAAACCGCAAACUCUAAGAUGCUGUAAGAGGAAAUGGACAUUUAUUUUUGGCUGAAAUCUGAACCUCUCACCACAUCUUUGGGGAAAGAUGGUCACAUUUUGAUUGAUCUAUUGACCGGAAAAUCUGUCGACUGGUAUUAAAAGAGAAUUGUUGCUUUAAAACCUGAAGGUCUGGGGCUUUAGGGGUUACCCAUGGUCUAGGUUCUUGAAAGUCUCAAGCUUUAGGGGUUACUGAUGGUCUAGGUCAGGGAUCUCAAACUCAUUUCAGGUGCGGGCCAGAUGCAGCCCAUUCAACACGGGCCAGACCAUUAUGGUCGAGGGAGGGGGCGCAGACGGUCCGACCGGCCAACGGUACGGUUGCCGGGGGGGGGGGGAUGACGGUCUAAAUGGUGCGGUCGACGGCCACGAUUGUGGCCCACGGGCCGGAGUUUGAGACCCCUGGUCUAGGUUCUUGAAGGUCUAAAGCUUCAGGGUUUACUCAUGGUCUUGGCUCUUAAAGGUCUCAAGCUUCAGGGUUUACUCAUGGUCUAUGUUCUUGGAGGUCUUGAGCUUCUGGGUUUACUCAUGGUCUAGAUUCUAGAAGGUCUAAAGCUUCUGGGGUUACUCAUGGCCUAGGUUAUAGAAGGUCUAAAGCUUCAGGGGUUACUGAUGGUCUAGGCUCUUGAAGGUCUCAAGCUUCAGGGCUUACUCAUGGUCUAGGCUCUUGAAGGUCUUGAGCUUCAGGGAUUACUUAUGGUCUAGGCUCUUGAAGGUCUUGAGCUUCUGGGAUUAGUCAUGGUCUAGGCUCUUGAAGGUCUUGAGCUUCUGGGAUUACUCAUGGUCUAGGUUAUAGAAGGUCUAAAGCUUCAGGGGUUACUCACGGUCUAGGCUCUUGAAGGUCUUGAGCUUCUGGGAUUACUCAUGGUCUAGGCUCUUGAAGGUCUUGAGUUUCUGGGAUUACUCAUGGUCUAGGUUCUAGAAUGGUCUAGUAUCUCCUCCCACCGUGCCACUGAUCCAGUUCUUCCAGUUUGUGGGAAGUUCUUUCAUUGCUUUGAAGCUUUGGACUCUGGACUCUCUGGUCUUUGGCAAUGAGCCUUGUGGGUACUGUAGUCUCAGAGCCAUUCACCAACCAGUUGGGAUCGAGAGAAGAACUGUGUGUUUGGACAAGUUUGUGGGCAAAAUGUAAAGCAUGAAGCUUCAAGGAAGAGCUGAUGUUUUAUGUCUAAAGCAGCGUUCACAUUAAGGUUUGAAGGCUGAAAGAUGAAUGCAAAUACUCUAAAGCGCCUGAGAUUAAAGUCACAAAUCUGUGUGUGAAACUUUCUAAUGGCAAACAAUGGUACAACAACAUUAGAACAACAAUGUUAAUGAACAACAACUAUACAACGACAACGUUUAACAACGUGUUUACAUGAGCAGCUGUGGACUUUCUUUAGGUGCAUUCAUGUUAUUACAAUCUCUGAAAGAUUCAUAUGCUAAAUCAUGUAAUAUCAUUUCUGUCUUGUUAGCAAACACUAAUUAAUUUGAUAUACUUUAAAUGACUGUUUAAUGCCGUUAAACUGUGAUUCUUUAAGUUUACAACUUGAAUUUUAAGGCUUUUUUUACUCUGAAAAUUCGAUGCGAUAAUCUGGAGGAAAAUUGAAGGAUUUGAGAGGAUUUAAUAUGAUAAAUGUUAAAUCCAUAAAUACCAAAUCUCCUUUGAGGAGUGACAGUCGUAAAAUCAGAGUGAACGUCUUGCCUAAUGCUGCAGCUACCGAUUAUUUUGAUGAUUGAUUAAUUGGUAGAUCUUUUUUUUUUUUUUUAGAUUAAUCAGACAAAAAACAAAACCGAAUUUAAAAAAGCAUUAAUUCUAUUCUAAAAAAGUGCAUAAAAAACUUCAGAAAGGGCACAGUUAACAUAAUAUAUAAAAAAUACAAAUCAGAAAAGUUUGAACGUCGGAACUUCUACACUCAGACGCAAAGCUCAUUCAUUAAAUGAUUUAUCAUUGUACUUCAGUCAAUUUCUAAACCACAUUUAAACACAGUUUAAGAUGACCAAGUUAAGAAUGGCAUCAAAAAUGAGCGAGCUAACGCUAUUAGCGAGCUAAGGCUGUUAGCGAGCUAAGGCUGUUAGCGAGCUAAGGCUAGCUCUUGACCUGCAUAACGAGCAGCCGCCUCGCUCCAAAGCGGCCGUAGCGUUGCGUAGUGACGGACCUCAUCAAAGGCUUUCGUUUGAGCGCUGACCCGCCGCGUCAUGUGACUCUCUGCCUGCGCCACGUGACGCGCGCAUGUCCGUGACUCAUUGGUUAAUAACGAUUCGAUAAUGACAUCUGUUGCUAACACUAUUAAUAGUCGAUUUGUUGUGCCAGCCCAAGUCUCAUAAUUUAUGCAUUUCAACUUUAACAAACGUAUAUUAUUGUUAUUAUUGAGCGAGCAGAUGAGUAACCGGCUGAUUUCUACUACAGUAGGGUUUUACUUCCUGUAUUCAGUACCUUAAGCUGUACUUCAUGUACUUGUACUUUAAUGUGAAUGCUGCUUGGCUGUAAAUCUUUUUUUUCACAUUCCUGCAGUUUGCAGCUUGAUUAACUUGAGUUAAAGUUAUGAAAUCAUCAUGUUGGGACACUUCAGUCAGGAGGAGUGGACUUGUUUUCAUUUAUGAGAUGAUUAUUAUUGUUAUUGACAGAGUUUCAACCUUUCCUCUUCAGAGACUCUGAAGGGCUUUCUUUUUUUAACUCUCCAACACUGAUAUGCACAUUUUGUACCGUCGUAGUGUUUGCUGAGUGCCAACGAUCCGCGAGUGUGUUGAUAUUCAGCUUCUCUGUGGCUGCAUCAAGACGUAUCUAACAGAGUCAAGUAUGAUGAUAGAAUACACAGGCCGAUGAACAUAAUGCUGCCAAAGUGUCAUCCGUAUAAUAAGGAUAAUAUCUGAGAACACAAUUCCAACCUAACAGGAUCAAUUAUUCUGAUAAUCAAUACAGAAUUAAGACAAAAUGUUGAAAACAUCCUCAGGUUACUUUUCUGUUCUUCAGUGAUUUAAACAGCUUUUAUGAAACAAUAAAAAAAUAAUCAAACAAUAAAUAA